CAGAAUGGAGAUAGCAACAAGAGUACAAACCUUGGCACUUAGAGGGUUGAGGGAGCUGCCGGCGGAGUUUAUCCGGCCAGCUAAUGAGAGGCCGGAAAACAGUAAGGCCAUUGAAGGCACAUCAGUGCCUGUAAUUUCACUCUCUCAGCCAACGGAUGUGUUAGUGAAGGAGAUGUCGAGUGCAUGCAGUGAGUGGGGGUUCUUUCUCAUCACUGACCAUGGCAUCUCUCCUUCACUAAUCCAACGUCUCCAAGAUGUUGGCGAGCAAUUCUUUCAGCUCCCACAAGAAGAGAAAGAGAAGUAUGCAAACGAUCCUUCUUCAGGAAUGUUUGAAGGCUAUGGCACGAAGAUGACUCGCAACCUUGAGCAGAAGGUCGAGUGGGUAGAUUAUUUCUUCCAUUUCAUAUGGCCUCUUUCAAAGAUAAACUAUGCAAUAUGGCCUCAGAACCCUCCUUCUUACAGGGAGGUGACGGACGAAUACACACAGGAACUGUUGAAAGUAACCGAUAAGCUGCUGGAGUUGCUCUCCCUGGGACUUGGUUUGGAAGGGGAGAAACUGAAGUCUUGCUUGGGUGGUGAAAAGUUGGAGCUUGAACUGAAGAUAAACUUCUACCCACCAUGUCCACAGCCUGAGCUUGCGUUAGGGGUGGAACCCCACACGGAUAUGUCUGCUCUCACCAUACUUUUCUCUAACAAUGUCUCUGGCCUUCAGGCGUGGAAAGAUGGGAACUGGGUUGCUGUUGAUAACAUACCAAAUGCACUCUUUGUUCAUGUUGGUGAUCAGUUUGAGGUACUGAGCAAUGGCAAGUACAAAAGUGCUCUCCACAGGAGCUUGGUGAACAAGGAGCACUUGCGUAUGUCAUGGCCUGUGUUUUGUGUUCCACCAUUAGAUGCUGUAAUUGGGCCCCUUCCAUCACUGAUAAAUGAAGAAAAUCUACCGAAAUACACGAGCAAAACCUAUGAAGAGUAUCGAUACCGCAAGUUUAAUAAGCUGCCACAGUAGAGAGGCCGCCAUUUGGUUAAUGUAGCUCACCCUCUCUGGCCAGGACUAAACUUUGCAAUCAUCUAAAAUAUUUUCUGCAAGUUUGUAGUAUGAGUUUGAAUAAAUCCAAUGAUGUAUGGAUUGCAUGAUUAGAAAAACUCUGCUGGUUUCA